AUGGAGUUCUACCUGGAGAUAGACCCUGUCACCUUGAACCUCAUCAUUCUCGUCGCCAGCUACGUCAUCUUACUCCUGGUUUUCCUCAUCUCCUGUGUGCUGUAUGACUGCCGAGGCAAGGACCCCAGCAAGGAGUGCACUCCGGAGGCCACUCUCGAGGCCCAGCCCUCCAUCCGCUUGGUGGUGAUGCAGCAAAGUGCCCCGGGGGCCCACUGGACAAGGGGGCCUACUCUUCAUUUUGGGGAUCCAGCUCUGCUAGGAAAGAAAAGCACCAUGGUGUGA